GGGGAAAUUAUAAAAUCCGGUUGCAUUCGCGCGAAGUUUCAUUCAACGACAGGAAAGAGCUACGAGGCCGUUAGCAACGCCCACAUCUGGAAACAUCUUGUACCUGAGCCGUGAUCAGGAAUACUGUUUCUCUCAUCACCUCGACAUAAUGAAGAUGGUUCGGUUCUCAUCUGGCCACAGACCCUCCCUGACACAAAUGGCGGCGCGAAAGCAGUUGCGUAAACACAUCCGACGAAUCCGCGAGAGGGAAUACUCCAAGCUUCGCGCUCUUGUGCCUGCAGUGGCCACCAAGAAAAAGGUCACCAAGGUUCAGGUGAUUGAGGAAGCUGUUCGGUAUAUCGAAGAACUUCACGCAGCCCUGGUUGAGCGAUUCAGACAGAAACAUGGUUGCGGUGCGGAAAGCAUGGCUCAGGAGACAGUUCGAAGUUUUGUCUGUCAGAUGAUGCCCCCUGUCCGACCUCAGACAGCGCAUACGCCAGUGUUUCACACCCAUCUCGAAGCCUGUCCUCCCAGUCCAGCCAGCUCCAGCCUUACCUACCCGUACCCGGAUUCUUGUCUUCCUGCAGCUAUGAAAAACAGCGAAAGCGGGCCAGUUUUCUGCUUCAGAAAGAGAAGAAAGGAUUGUUAAACCUUCUGAUCGUUGUCUUUGUGUGACCAACGAAGCAUGACUGUGAUACGGACCUUCCUUCCUCUGGCACUAUGCCCUCGCCUUCUUUAAUCCUGCACGUUUCAACGACCUGGCGAGGUCAGGGUCACACCGAUCCUUGACCUUGCUGUACUUUGACCUCAUGGACUCCGGUAUUUACCGCUAGAUGACUGUCCGCUGACUUUUACUGGGGAUGAAGCACCGAGGAAGCUAAACAAAUGCUUGGAGUUGCUGGCAGCCGAAAUAAGGAAGAAUUGUCAGAAAGGAAACACAUGUGAACUCUGCAACAAUUACAGAAGAACAAUUAUAACCACUUUGGGAAAUUGUGCACAAGCUUACAAAAACUAAUCAGAACCUCGUUGAUGGACGUUUUUUUUUUUUUUUUUUUAAAGUACGAAAGUAUAACAUUUUAACAAAGUUUUUCUGUCGCCGAUUUUGUAAAAGAAGCUGUAAUAAUCCUAAGCUGCCUGUGAACUUGUUGGGAGAAAUUGUUUCCCCUUUCCCCGAUUUUUUUUUUUUUUUUUUUCUGAGGCGCGGCUGCUUGCGUGCUUGAUGUUCCAGACGUUUCUGAACAAGUUAAUGAACAUGUUUAUGAACAAGUGCGGCACGAGCGGAAGAGAAAUGGCAUUCCAGGAAGAGACGACUGUGUUCAAAGCAAUACAGGGACCCGCUCAAUGAUACUUGCCUUCCCCAAUGUCCCCACUGACGAGCAGGUGACUGGCAGGCUGGUAUUCUCUCAUCUUCUCAUUUUUCCCAGUCUUCUUGAUUGGCCCUCGGUCUCUCCUGUCUCUCAGCGCUCUGCCGUUUGCCUUACCUGCCAAGAUGGAGGCUUCUGUGUACCUAUGAUGUAGUCGGAAGCAGUCACUUCUGUGUAGUGGCUGAUUGUAAAAUCCUGGACUGUGCAUAUCGGUUUUAUACUAAUCAACAUAGUCCGUGUCAUUGCGGAAUUUUGUCUGUAAUCUUGAAAUGUUUUGUAUUUUUGAACUCUGCAUAAUGAAGCAUGUUGCACUGAAAACUA